CCCGGAAUUACCAAGAUAUAAAAAGGGAUGCUGGCGGGGGUGAGGCAUCCAGCCAGGUGCGGGAGCACUCCAUUUGCCUCUUCCAAGCCAUGGUGGAGGCUGUGCUGCGGCAAAGGAAGAAGGAAAUGAAGAGGACAGUGCACAGGAGCCUUCUCCCACUCUACUUUCACAUGAGAGACCAGAGUGAGAGCGUAGCAAAGGCCUCUGGGGAAGCUCUCGCCGUGACUGCAGAGUUUCUGCGAUGCAAGGAGCUGAAGCGCUUGGCCCAGACAGAACAGACGUGGAGGAUCGGGGAGUGCUUGCUGCAGCAGGACAGAGGCAGAGUAGAAGAAUACCUGCAGCAGAGCCAGCCCUACCUGCAGGCCACUCAGACCGACUUGCGACUUGAGGCCGUCAGAUUCAUUGGUCUUGCUGCGCGCUACUGCGAGGACCAGAGCGAGGAGAAGCUGAAUGAAAUCCUCAGAGUCCUCCGGCCUUCAGAGAAAGACCCGGAACCCAUGGUCCGUUCCGGGGCAGUUGAAACCACCGUGAUGCUGACGUCAAGGCAUACCGCAACGUCAGGACGGAGAUUUCCACUGCCGUGUUGCCGCUAGCCCCGCAGCAGUCCUCAAAAGAGCAAUAUAUAUAUUUAAUAGAACUAGGUUGUUGUCUCGUUAUUCCAGCAGCUCCUUCACAGUGACUCGGUGCCAUGACGCUGAGCUAACUUGGAGGCCACCAUGGACGUCUUUUCCCUGGGCCCGGUGACUGCAUGGUGCCUACUCAAUCAGUGAAAGAGUCACAGAACCCUUGCGCUUGGAAAAGGGCCUUCAGCUCAAGUCCAAGCGUCAGCUAACACCACCAGGCCCACCACAAAACCACGGCCCUUAGCGCCAAGUCCACGCAUUUCUUUAAUAGCUCCAGGCCUGGGACUCCAGCAGUGCCCUGGGCAGCCGGUUCCACCCUUUGCAUGAAGAAAUUCUUCCUGACAUCCCAUCCUGUGAGUCCACCUGUGGUAGGUGCGCCCAGGUAGAAGAACUGCUCAGCCUCCUGGCAGAGCUUCGGGAGGAGGUGGGCAGGCUGAGGAGCACCAGGGAGUCGGAGAAGGUUGAACUGUACUGUGCCAGCCCUGGGACAGAUGCGUCAGGCAGACACAGCAGAGGAAAUGGAGGAUCCCCUACCCUCUGGCCAUCAGGCAGAAGGAGUGCAUCUCAGUGACGAAGGGAUGGAAGUUUAGAUCUGCUCGGGGCAGCAGGCGGACCCCUCCUUGCCUACCUCACCUUCCUUUCAGGUGCCCUGAAACAACAGACUCUGGAAGUAAUGGACACACAAACGAUGAUGUGCAUGAAGGUCCAUCCAGGUUGGAGGGGUUUUCUAGGGCAAGUCAGCCUUCCCCAGUAUCACGACCACCUCCAUCAAGAAGAAGAGAAGGGUUACUGUCAUAAGUGACUCCCUUCUGAGCAGAACAGAGGGCCGCAUAUGCCGGCCUGACCCAACCCAUGGAGAAGUCUGCUGUCUCCCAGGAGAUCAGGGUAAAAGGUGUUUCUGGAGAGCUCA